CGCGAAGAGCGAACGACGCUAUAGCUUCAGCUACGUAGCCGUUGUUCAUCACUCACUCAACUCAGCUCAGUAGUCAGUGCGUACUAGGGACCGAUCGAUGGAGAAGCUGGUGCCGAACACGAAGAAGGCAAUGGAGGACAAGGAGGAGAAGCCCAAGGUGCCUUCGAGCGACCCGGACCUCGUCGACCUCGUCGCCGGCGAGCAGCCGCAGCUGCAGCGGGAGCACCAGCCGCCCAACAUCUCCGAGAUGAAGCCGCUGACGCGGGAGGCGUACGGCGGCGGGAUGUACGCCAACGAGGGGCGGAGGGACCCGACGCGGCCGCGCGCCAGCGCCACGCAGAGCGCCGACGGCCCGGAGGAGGCCGCCGUCAGGCCCAAGCACGCGCCGCCGCCGUCCACCGGCGACCGCGACCUCGACAUCACCGGCCAGUCCUACAUCCAGUAGUUUGUUGUGUGUGUCCGUGCCGUGACGGUGUAUGCGUGUAGUCAGGCAGUUUGGUCCGGAACAAAGAUGUGCAUAGGUCGUUCCACGCUGUAACGAAUAAAUGUAAGUUUACUUGCUGUAAUUUGGCCCAAUAAGGCUACCGGCCUACCAACCGGAGAUCGUUAGUCUUGGCCUACUAACUCUUAUGGACCUUGCCAAUGGGCUAAUCUGACCAAGUGCCCAUGGAUCAUAAUAAAGUCACGAGGAACCUCUCUUAUCAGCCCGCAAAA